AUGGACAUGGCGGAGGCCAGGCAUUGCCGCUGUUCUGCCACCUUACUCGCGACGUCCUUCCUCUCCCUCGCCAUGAUCCUAUGUGUGGUGUGGUCGCCUCCCAUGGCGGCCGCCGCCCAGGAGAUGAAGUCCAUCAACGCCGGCCCGAGGGUCGUGCCGGUGCGGCUGCGCCGGCCGGCGUUCGGCCCGGAGAGCCUCGCCUUCGACCACCACGGUGUCGGCCCGUACACCGGCGUCUCCAACGGCCGGAUCCUCCGCUGGAGCGGCAGCGGCCGCCGCCGCCCCGGCUGGACCGAGUUCGCCCACAACUACAAGCACAAGACGGUGCCGGAGUGCGCGGCGAAGAAGAAGCUGGCGGAGACGGAGAGCGCAUGCGGGCGGCCGCUGGGCCUGCAGUUCCACCGCAAGACCGGCGACAUGUACAUCGCCGACGCCUACCUGGGGCUCAUGCGGGUGGGGCGGCGCGGCGGGCUGGCGGAGGUGGUGGCCACGGAGGCCGCCGGCGUGCCCUUCAACUUCCUCAACGGGGUCGACGUCGACCAGGAGACCGGCGACGUCUACUUCACGGACAGCAGCACCGCCUACCAACGGAGCGACUACCUCCUGGUGGUGGUGAGCGGUGACGCGACGGGCCGGCUGAUGCGCUACGACCCGCGGACGGGCAACGUCACCGUGCUCAGCUCCGGCCUCACCUUCCCCAACGGCGUGGCGCUCAGCGCCGACCGCACGCACCUCGUCGUGGCCGAGACGUCAUCGUGCAAGCUGCUCCGGCACUGGCUGCGCGGCCCCGCGGCUGGUAAGACGGAGGUGCUCGCCGAGCUGCCGGGCUACCCGGACAACGUCCGCCCCGACGGAGCCGGCCGGGGCGGGUACUGGGUGGGUCUCAACCGGGACAAGGACUGGGCCGACACCGGGACCACGCCCAACUCCAUAAGCGCCGUCAGGGUAGUCGUCGCCGGCGGCCGGAACGGCACGGUGGCCGCGGCGCUUCGGGGGUUUGGCGACGUCACGGUGAGCGAGGUGGUGCAGCGGAACGGGUCGCUGUGGAUCGGCUCCGUCGAGACGCCCUACGUCGGCCUCUUCAAGUUCGCCUCUCUAACACACGCCUAGCAGCGUCGCAAGCUUGUUAUUCAUGUUCCCGCCAACGAAACGUCAGUCAGUUCAUGUUGUGAAGCAGUAGAGACUAGUGCGUGCGUCUGAGCGCUCGUGUAGACUCAACUUGUGUACAGUACUUGUGUUUUCUAUGUUGCUAUAUAUAUGUGUUUACUCAACCAAAGUAUUAACACUCCAUUUUA